CAGUGCAUAAUGAUCUCAUUCGGAGGUGUGGCUGGAGACAGCAAUAAAAAUAUGUAGAUCUACUGCUGACUGUUGCAAGUCGGAGCGAGCUAUGGAGAAGAAAGAGAGAAGUGUGUCAGUGCAGAUGACUCCCUCUGGGGACUAUUCUUCAACGACAAACAUGGUCCCAACAGUAGGAGGGGCUGUACACUAUGUCAAGAAACAGAUUGGGUUUGGUGGUCAAGGAGUUGUAAAAGAGGAAGCAACAGUCACUGCAAAAGAUGAUGAAGCAGGAGCUAAUGUAGACUUUCAAAAACCAGGUACAAGGUUCUCCUUUAAAAGGAACAAAUCAAUAAGGUCUGUGGCUCGUUCUCGAUCAGAAGGAAAUCUAGCACUCCAGGGCAUUACUGGAGAUGGACAGCAAGGUCUAUGCCAUGCUUUACCUCCCCGUGGAGAGCUUAGAUAUGUAUAUCUGGAUAUGUCUUGGACACGGUUUGGUUUUACGUUGCAGAGCUAUGGCCGAAGGAGUGAGGAAAAGCAAACUAUAGUUCAAUCUGUCACAGCUGGCUCACCAGCCUUUAUGGCUGGACUUCAUCCAGGUGACUGCAUAUUGGAAGUAAAUGGUCAAGACAUGAUGUCAGUGUCAACGAAUGAUAUUCUCUCUGCUAUACUGAACACAAAUGACAAAAGAGUACAAUUAUUGGUCAAAUUUACUGAUGGUGCACAUCGCCUUGAGCUAAAAAAGAAGUUGCAACUAGCACAGGAUAGUCUUAAGGAAAAGCAAAAGUCCUUAAAGCAGUUGCUUGCGACUAAGCAUUGUCUAACAAGCUAUUCGAGUCCUGUGAAUGCCUGGGCUGAUGAUUGUGCACCAAUUGAGUUUCUCUUUAAUGAAAGUGAAUCAUCAACACAACAUCUCCCUAGUGAUAGCCAUCACACUGUGUCAUCGAGCUAUUACAACCUUGCUGUCUAUACUGGGGACAUUCAGUAUAUUACGUGUGAUGGACUAGUGAUACCCUUUGAUGCUGUGAACCCCACUGCUAGCAGUCCUGUUAUGCAUUUUCUGCAUAAGGGUGGUGAUAAAAUGAUGAAUGAGAUUUCGCUAGCAGAUCAGUGUCACCUCGGUGAUGCCAUGACAACAACUAGUGGAGAGUUAAAGUCCAUUAGGGGACAAGUUUAUCACUGCCUCUUUGGACAGUUUGAAGAUCAUCUCAAAUUAUGUUUUGAGUCCUCUUUAAAUAAAUGUUUGGCAAGAGGUUUAGUAGUUGUAGCAUUUUGGUUGGAUGGUUUUAUAUAUUGUCAUGUGCCACCUACACUUCUUGUCGAAACUAUCAAAAAGACUUUGUGUGACUCGUCUAAUGACUUUUUAAGUAAAUUUAAAGUAAUUAUAUUUGCAAGUCAAAUUCUGCCACAGUUAGCAGAGCUUGUAACUCACAUUUUUAAACAUGAAACAUAAUUAUUGUACUGAAGUUACUAUAUUAAUUUUAUCAUCACUUUUU